AUGAGUGCACCACAGUUUUAUCUUGCAGUGUUGAGUUUGCAUUGUUGCUUUGCAACUUUAGCCUUCACUGCACCGCUCCAAGGUAACAGCAUGGAGUUAAAACAAGCUGUAGAGCGCGGCACGAGCCUGAUCAAGAAGAUUCUAAACGACAUCCCUGGAGUUCAUGACUCGUGCGUCACCAUUGAGGACCUAACUCUUGACACCGCCAAAGAGGCGAAGAAUCUGGAGUACAUGGUAACCCUGCUAAAUAUUCCUCGAGCCCCGACACUCAAGGCUCUGUCAGAGGACUUCACACUGGAGAUGAGCUUGAACCGCAUAUCCGACGGGGUGUCGCUCCAUCAGCGCCUUCUCACAGCUGUGAAAAAACGCGUCUCUCCAUCGGACAAGUUAACCAACCUUCUAGCCGACGUCAGGGACCUCUUGGCUCAGGUCCAACAGAUGCAGAAACUAGCCAAAGUCCCCGCUGCCAGUCAGCCGCAAACAGCUACAGACAUCUCAUCGCGUCUCACGGGGGAUUAUGAGGUUCAGGUGGCGACCCAUCUUACUCUAAAACAACUACAGAGCUUUGGACAAGACAUCUUCCGCACUUUACGUCACAUAGUUUUGUCAAAACCGUCAUCCAGCAGCUAA